AUGACGGAGCAAGAUCCGAUGGGCGACGAACUGAAUGUCGAUGAGGAAAUGAACGAGUUUGAUGACAAUGAAGAAGCACCAAUAGACAAUGCAGCGCUAUUCCCUGGCAAUGACGAUGAUGAGGCCGAGCAAGAACCGAAGUUAGAAAACGGGGCUGGUAACCUAUUCGAGAUCCCGGAAUUCACUCGAAAGGAUAAAACUUUGAAUGAAAUACUUGACAUGAUGGAGGACAAUCCGCCAAUUAUUCCAGAUGCAGUUAUCGAUUACUACCUUAUGAAAAACGGAUUUGAUUGUGCGGAUGUGAGAGUGAAAAGACUUCUGGCGUUGGCCACGCAGAAAUUUGUUAGUGACAUUGCCACGGAUGCCUAUGAAUACUCCCGCAUUAGAUCUGCCAUUACAGUGCAUAACUCCAACAACGGCCAGGCCAGAGCCAGACAGCUAAUUUUGGGCCAGCAACAACCAGGACAGCUCACUCAGCAGCAGCAGCAGCAAAAUGAGAAAACAAAAGCCAACAAAGUGGUUUUGACCGUAAAUGAUCUCAGCAGCGCUGUUUCGGAAUACGGGCUAAACGUCGCGAGACCAGAUUUUUAUCGCUAG